UCUUACAGGUUUGGAACAACGUGAGUAAUAAAUAACAAUUCUUUAUUUUGGGUGAGCUGACUGUUUAAAGUGCUUCUGGCCCUUCAGCGAUAGAUUUUCAUUGAAUAAACUUUGAUUCUUCUAGAAAAACAACAACAAGUCGUCACGCCUAGACUUGACUCAGAAUGUCUCAAUGUCUGUGAGGUCAGGAUUGGGAAGCAGGAAUUUCUACAUGUCUACAGCACUUGUGUAACGCCGGUCCGCCUGUAAAUACACGUCCCAGAGCGAGAGACCGCUGUCAUUACAAAUCUGUAAGGGCUUAGCAAAGCCUAUGGGGAACAGGAAACCAGCAGCAGACACAAUGACAUGGGAUUAGUAACGAGUGAAGCCCCCAAACGUGACGUCGACACGACAGAAACCAGCCGUGCCCUUCCCAGCUUUCACAGGAACAUGAUGAAAGCCGGAGUGAAACAGCUCAGGUGAACCUCCUCAGUAUCUGAGAUCACACACAAGUUACGUCGCCAGGUGUGACAUCACCACAGACCAAACAAACGCCGAGCUUUAGGGAGGGUCAGACUCCAUCUGCACCUGCGCGAGCUUCACCUGUUUGACGAUCUCUGGACUUUAACACUCGGGAUCUACGACCGACUCUGCACUGCAGAAGCAGAGCUCAAAAACUAGACAAAACUGUAAAGAUCUCUUGGGUUACGAAACUCCUCUAACGUUUGUUGGCUUCAGUCCUCAGAUGUUCAGAUGUGGGCGUGAAACACCUGCACACCUUUCAAGAACCAAUCUUUCUGCCACCAUCUGAUGCUGUCGCACUACUGAAGUCUUAAGAUGCCCUUGAGGACGUCGUUACUCCGCAAGCCCACGUCUGGACGCUGGCAGAGGAGGCUAUCGAACCGAAAACAGGUUUUGUCGGUCAACAUGAUCAGCCUUCCCCUGGGUGAUUUCCGUCACCUGUCUCACAUCGGUACGAGCGGACACAUGGACAGUUUCGGAGACCUGUCGUUCCUGAAGGAGGGCCACAGUCUCCUGCUGCAGAGCUCCAAGAGCGAGCAGAACCUGUUCCUCCCGCCGCCUCCCAAACCGCCCCGAGUCAACGUGGACGAAGCCGGCCAGUGCAGCCCGAUCUGGGAGCACGCACCGAACAUUCAGAGGCAGAAGUGUAGCUCACUUCCCCUCCUGGACACGGAAGAAGACGAGGACACAUGUUCACACCCGGAGACGACAGGCAUCAGCUGGAGUCCUGCUCGUGGAAGCCUGAGCUCCGGACGGGAUUCGACCCAAACCAACCCAGAGGAAACACAGCCGGACCAAACGGACUCAGCGUUCACGUUCAGUCUGGAUCUGGGACCCUCUAUACUGGACUCUGUGUUGCAAGUGAUGGAUAAAGUCCAUCAAUCGUGAACUGGAAACUAGGGCUGUCAAAUAAAAACUCUAAUUUUGAUAUUUGUCGAACAACAGAAAAAAAAUCCACAUUAGAAUACAAAAACGUUGGAUGGGAACGGUAUCGUAUCGUUUCGCAGUAUCGUAUCGUUCACGAUAUAUCGGUAGAAUUAGCAUAAGAAUUAAGGUCCUUGCACACAUUUUCGUUUUUGUGUAUCCGUCAUCAUUUCCAAUAAAAAUCUGGUAACGGAUGCAAAAACGCUACAAAUAAACCUUCUCUUUUUAUGAUGGACGAAUGUUUCGGAGGAAGUGUGUAAACGUAACUGACACAACGUGAGGUUUGUGUUUGUGAAAAUUGCGAUUGAUUUGGGAUCGUCUUCCCGCGAUAAUAACGAUAAAGCCUAGUUGUUGACAAAUUAUUGUGUGCGACCGUACGUCGGCGGAAGGUGGACGUGAAACGAUACAAGAUAUCGCUAAACAAGGAGCUCCUUCUCCAGUGUGGAACUGGUUUGUUCAGAGCUGUACAGUGCGACAUAAAUCAGUCUAAGCUUUGAAUAAAUAUACUACAGUAGCACAGCUUUGCAUGUGCAUGAGCUUGUUUACAAACCUGUUGACCAAAUAUAUAAUUUAUUGAUAUGCUUUUUCUCUUAAUUGAGUGUUUGAAAUAACUUUGUGAUGAGAUGGGGUUUUAUCUAACAGAAUGACAAGUGAAUAUAAGGUGUUUUUCUUUUGGGAAUCUUUGCAAAUUGACUUUACUAAUAAUGUGCAUGUUAGCAUGUUCCGUGGCUAAAGUUAAAAGUCUCUUAAGAACGGCUCGUCACUCCACAAAAGACUUCAAAAACGAGACAUCCCACUUCAUCUGCAGUUUGUAAAGUGCCCCUAUUAUGGGUUAUAGAAAAGGUUCAUAUUUGGUUUUGAGAGUCCCCAACAAUAUGUCAAGGUCAAAAAACAAUUACAUUGUCUUAUAAUAUGCAUUUAUUUGUAUCAUUUUUGCUCAACGAUUCCCAAACGAUUCACGCAACGAUUCAUUUUUUCAAACCCCUCCUUUGCGUGAGGCUAAUCUGCGGGGAUUGGUAACUUACUCACAUUUCACUGCUGGUUAUAUAUAUGCUCUAUAUAAUCGUGUAUGUGGCGAAAAACAAUCUUGAAUCUUGAUAAAGCAGCGUUUGUGAGCACAGUGAUGCUUAGUUACUGGGGAAACAGCUAUUUUUACUGCUACAAAAGCGCCACCUAGUGGUAAAAAGGGAAUUUACAUUUUCACUCAUACCAAUGUGAAAACUGACUGAUGGUUUUUGAUGUAAACAUGAAACGCCUUGGAUUUCAUUUUAAAAACAACUUUUUUCAAAUUUGUUUUGAGAGACUAUGAAUAACUUUAUACACGGUUCACUUUCAGAUUUAAAACUGUGCAGGGUGUUUUCAUUCACUAAGAGCUGUGUUAUAUAGAAAUAAGGGUAUAUUAAACUAAAAAGUACUUUUUGCGAUUGGUUUUACUUUUUAUUAAUACGUACAUGAUGCUGUUUUGUUUACAAUAGUUUAAGCAACUUAAUUAAUUAUAUUUGGUUUAUACACAUUACUUUAAACACUAUGCCCUUUUUUUCAAAAACAGUUGCGUUGUUUUGUAACUUCAAAUAAAUGUGCGUUAGUAAUAUUUUGCGUGAAGCGCCCUCUUGUGGCCUUUUCCCCUCUAACUGAAAUUAUGCCUUUUAUAUUCAAAUAGAAUUCAAAUACUGAUAAUACUUAAGUACAAAACUUGAAUUUAGGUUAAUUUAGCUAAUUUGACAGCCCUGCUGGAAACGGCCUGGAACUCGCUGCAGGAAGCUUGACAGAAAAGCAGCAGUGUUUCUGAUCCAACAUCUGAACUCUGGACAAUAAUAACAACACUCAAAACAUUGCUCAACAGGACAUUUCUUCCAGGAAAUGCAUUGAGACCAGCUUUUUGCUGUCCAAACCCCACACCCUUUUUUAAGAAAUACCCCCUUCGAAUGAAGUCUGUUAUAUAACGUUGUGUAACAGUCUGACUGUCCACCAUCAGAUAUUUCACUAGUCAAUGAUUGCUGGAGUCAAGUUAAUAAUCGAGCAGCUUUUAUUUGGCCUCUUCAAACUGUGAUUUCCUUAUCUGCUUUCUGAGCUUCAGUUCAUUGCAUUUACACACAAAAAUGAAUUAUCAUAUGAUCUAUUAUACCAAACUUUAUUAUUUCAAUAAGGCAAACCUGUAAGGUCAGUUCAGUCACAAUCAGUGAGAUUAACUAUUAAUAUUAGUUUACACACUAGAUCUACCAUUAAUAAAUUGUUUUGAUUAAAAUGUAUGCAAUUAUAUAUAUAUGCAUACUAUGUAUAUGUGGAUAUGCAUAUAAAAAACAUUUUAUUUUUAAUAUGCAGUGAUUAUAUAAAGAUAUUAAGCAAUUGAUUGCUUAAAUUGCAACAAAACACUAAUA